UCUUACUUCCUCCGAUUACCAGGUAAGCGACACAAGUGAGGAGUGUGAAGCGUGCAUCACGGAUGCUGGAGGGAUUUCGUAGGUGGCUGCCGCGGCUUCUCUUGCCGCGAAUCGUUGGCGUGGGGAUAACUGGAGCUUCAACUUAAGUCAACUGUAUCGCGUCAAGAUGAAGUAGUACACACUGUCUCGUUGCGGAGUGCAUGCGUCGAAGUGCACGUGGGAAACAUCGCGUGGAUAGAAGAGUGUAAAGAGAAUCAUAAAUCGGUGGUACGAUAACGCGGAGAAUUUCUGCAGUUCUUUUCCGAAACUCCUGCUCAUUAAUGCAUUAAGGCAGAAGAUAUGAGACUCUACGCUGUUGCUCUUAUAACAUGGGCGGCAUUCGUAACUACAUCUGCGGAAAAUAACAUCGCAAAUUUGAGUAAUGACAAGGUUGUCGAUUACACGGAGUUUCAUGAUUUGCCGGUGAAGCAGGUAGUACAGCCGUACGUGACGGACGUAGAAGCGAAGAGUUCUGAACCGUCGGGCACCGAGGAUCGUUCUGACGAUUUCCCGAAUGCCGGAUUAAGUAGAUCAGCAGUUCACGCCGGCGAGGAGAGAGGAUCGAAUGGUGUUUCCACGACCGAUUCCUCCUCGCCAGGAUCGAUUUAUGCGACGCCGGUCGCCGAGACAAGUGUCCGUUUAGAGACGACCGACAACUAUCCAUUUAGAGAGUAUCCAACGAGUCACGAGCUAGGAUACACCGAGGACGUGCUUCUUGUCGAAAAUGCCGGUAGUUUUGGACAAAAAGUUCGACAAAAUCGCCCGGGUGACGGGACGAUUAUCAGGAUCAACGAGGACCAAAGGAAUGACGAGUACACGAGUUUCCAGAAGCCCUUCAGCAGCAGCACUGUGUCUCUCGGAGAUGAAGAUAAUCGCAAGAGGCCUUACGCGUCGGCCACUCGAGAACCAUUUGUGCUCGCGCUGAAGGAAAGUAAUUUGGGGGAUAAUUCACCCUCUAACGAUUCUAAGACGAUCAGGUCUGAAACGUCCGCGAGGAAUUCCGACAAAGUUCUCAGUGAAGUCACGACAGAAAGCUCGCCGCCGGAUAACGUUGCUUCAAUCCUCGAGAACGACGUCGUGGCCGAAAUUCUUCCGACCCCACAAGCGAGAUUAUCCCGUGCGCAUAAUGGUACCGCGGACGAAAAGACCGCAGAGAAAUCUCAGGAGUCCACUAAAAAACCGGAGAACGUUGUGAGAACGUCGACGUCCGUGGAGAUCAGCCCUUCAUUUCAAGUGAGAUUUUCAGGCCCCAUCGUAGUGGCCGACUUGCCUAACAGAGAAACUCAGGAGAUGGUUGUUGAUUAUACGGACGAGGUAUCCGAAGCGUAUAGGCCGGUCGGGAAUACCGAGAUUACCUCGGAGAUGACCAAUGACGAUGCCUCUAAAGUGGCGGCUUCUUCCAGCAUAACAUCCUCGGUUAUGCUGAAUCCUCUGCACGUCGGAAUCACGCUGAUGAACGCCAAUCAAGCUAGUUUAACGGACAGCGAGCAAUCUGCUGCGAUUGACUAUGUUCAGGAUUAUCCCCAGCAAGAUCUACAACAUUUGGCAACUGUUGGUGGGGAAUUUGUCAAGAAUGACGGAAACCAAUCACGUAUCGAUUAUCAGGAUGAGAAUUUUGAACGCGAGAUCGAGAAGCAAGUUGAAGUUGACAUGCAAAAAAUUCCCAACAACUCGGUCGAGAUUCAAAAGUCUAUCGAGCUCUACCAUACCGCGCCGGUACACGAGAUCCAUUAUCCUCCGGAAUACAUUCAACAGACUGCAAAUCUCGGUAUCGUCGAAACGAACAAUAUUGGGGGUGUGCACCGAACGAAGCAACAGUACGAUUUCGUCGAACAACCAGAAUUGCGACCGACUUAUCAAGAUAACGACCAGGACGAAAAGAACGUCAUUAAGGCCCAGCAGGCACCUACGUUCUCGCAGAAGCUCAACCGGCACGAAUACAACGUCCUCGAGGACGACGUUGGCAAACCGAUGACCUCGGCCGUGGGCACUGAGUACUCGUCAAACACUUACGAGCAGACGCCCCUCGAGUUGCAGUCGUACAAGUAUAACAGCAUUCAGCCGGCUCUGCUAGGCCCGAAUCAGUUCGAUGACUCGUUAUAUGAUCAAUCGAACGUACGGCAUAAUUUUAACGGCAACGAUAACGGCACGCCGACACGUGCAAAACCUAUCGGAAGUUCCACGAGGCAAGAAACGGCGAGCGAACCUGUGAAGACUUACGUACCGACUACGUAUCAGUAUUCGGUGCAGCAUCCGCAAUCAAAUCAACCGUACGACCAUCAGCAUCAAUUCCGUUCGCCGGAGAUAAGGCGACCGGAAGUUCAGCAGCUUCUACUCAGGAUAAUACCCGAGGGAUCGUCUGCGAACGGAGGCUUCCUGGUGCCGCUUCCACGGCCCUAUCCGAUCGAGAAGAUCAUCGAGAAGACUGUCCACACUGUGCCGGGUCCGAUCGAGAUCGAGAAGAAGAUUCCGGUGGAGCGAUUGGUUGGUGAGAAGAAGGUACAGAUACAGGUGUCAGUGCCACAGCCGCAGCCGCAGCUGUAUGUGGACAAGCAGAUCCGUCUGCCGCACAUCUAUCCGUUCCACAUUGAACGGGUGGUCGAGAAAAGGGUGCCGUAUACGGUACAGCGAUUAGUAGUGCAGCCUGUGCAGCCUCCUUCGUAUCCUCUGCACGUGAGGCUACCGGCGGCUUACCCGGCGUAUCCGACGGCACCGAUCGAACAGCCGGCGGCGCAUGCAACCGUCGCGAUAGAGAAGCCCACGGAGAAGCCGACGAUUUCUUCGCGUCCUCCUCCAUCUCCUCCACGACCGUAUCGCGCGAACACGGAUAGGCCGACUGACGGCGGUGGCGGCAACCCAGUCGAGACCAGAUUCACAAAGUAUUAUCAGAAGCCACAAGAGGCAAUCUUUGCCGAAACCGCGAAUCUCCACGGUGUUGCCGGUGGCUUGACGUUCGUGCCGCAGCCACAAAGCGCGACGAACCUGUCGCAGUUCUACAGCAUCCCCUACGGCAGACCGUCGGCGUACGACAAUAUCGACGUCGGCAAGAACUUGGUUCCCACGGCACACCUUUCCAACAUCAAGCUGGUGAUACUGCCGAAGAAAUUCGCCAGCCACGUGAUACUGCGGCCGCAUACGGCCGCGCCGUCGUACGCGAUACCGUCCUUCGGACGGCAGAUCCUUUACAAUCUAGUGGAGAAGGAUAAGACGGUCAAGAAUGAGUACGUCGGUCCUACGCCACCGCGCAAAAUCUCACAGAGCAAGGUGUACCCUCAAACGAAGUCGCCGCAGUUCUCAACGAGCGCCGCUCAAUCGUUGGCCACUCUGAGAAAGUCCAGGCAGCCCGAGACGCAGCAUUACGGAAGUUUCAGGCAAUCGAAAAUGGAGUACGGUUUUAAGCCGCCUAUGGUGCCGUCCAUUCAAUACGACGAAGAUACCGCCAGUAAAGUAGAGAAUUAACGUAGCUGCCUAGGAUAGUAAUAGUAUUUACAUUAGGCAAGCGUCUAAAAGUGUACUAUAAAAAAUGUCUAUGUAAGGGAAUUUUCAUCUCUUUCAAACGUUUCUCUUAAGCAUCUUUUAUUAUAAACGUUUCUUGCAUUCUUGCAUUAUUUGAAUGUUUCAGAACAAUUCGUGGAUAUGUGAUUGAUCUAAAAAGUAAGAUAAUGUAUAAGAAAGAGUCAAUUUACAAUACUUCUAUAUAUAUCCAUGAAGAUUUAUUUGUGACACAAAUUUUAGAUUUUAAUAUUCCUUACACACACACAUAUUUAUUACUUUUUUCAAUCACUUGAAAUUUUUCUAACUUAUUUUGAUGAGUAAUUUUAUUACUUUACAAUUUAUAUUAGCAUUAUAUC